UAAUGGCUGAAAUUCAAGAAUAUAUCAUUUUCUUCCUCAUAUGGCUCGUCUCCGCCAUUCUAACACAUUCAUUCUUCAGAAAUCGUUCUUCCAAGAGACUCCCUCCGAGCCCUCUAGCCCUCCCAAUCAUCGGCCAUCUCCAUCUCCUUGCUCCAAUACCUCACCAAGCAUUAGCCAAGCUCUCAAAGCGCCAUGGCCCAUUGAUUCAUUUAUCUCUUGGCUCAGUUCCUUGCAUAGUUGCUUCAUCGUCCGAGGUCUGCAAGGAGCUGCUCAAAACACACGAAAGUUCCUUCCUAGACCGGCCUCAAACAGCUGCAACCGACUACCUGACAUAUGGCUCCCAAGACUUCUCCUUUGCGCCUUAUGGAACUUACUGGAAGUUCAUGAAGAUGGUGUGCAUGUCACAGCUUCUCGGUGGACAGACGCUAGACCUACUACAGCCCGUCAGGCGCCACGAGAUAAAGCAGCUCAUUUGGUCCUUGGCAAGGAAAGAUGGGAAAUCAGUUGACAUUGGGAAGGAGCUUAUUAUGAUGUCAAACAAUGUGAUUUCAAGAAUGAUAAUGAGUGAGAGGUGCUCUGAAGACGAAGACGAGGCUGGAGCAGUGAGGAAACUGGUUCAAGAAACUGCAGAGCUCACUGGGAAAUUCAACUUAUCUGACUACAUUUGGUUCUGCAGGAAUUUGGACCUGCAGGGAUUUGGGAAGCGGUUGAAGGAGGUUCGUGACAGGUUUGACGAGAUGAUGGAGAGGAUCAUCGAAGAACAUCAAACUGCUAGAAGGAAAUCAAAAGAAAAUUUUGAAGAAAGUGAAAUUGUGAAAGAUCUGCUCCACAUUUUACUUGAUAUAGCAGAAGAUGGUAGUUCAGAAGUAAAGUUAACUAGAGAAAACAUCAAGGCUUUCAUCCUAGACUUAUUUGCAGCUGGAACUGAUACAUCAGCCAUCACUGUAGAAUGGGCAUUAGCAGAACUGAUCAAUCAUCCAAACAUCCUGCAAAAAGCAGUGCAAGAAAUCGACUCUUUUGUAGGGAAAGAAAGACUAGUCCAAGAAUCAGAUAUACCGAGCCUCCCAUACCUACAAGCCAUUGUGAAGGAAACACUUAGGCUUCACCCCACAGGGCCUAUGAGUGUUAGGGAGUCCAGUGAGGACUGCACCGUUGCAGGGUACGACAUUCCAGCUAGGACACGGCUGUUUGUCAAUAUUUGGGCGAUCAACAGGGAUCCUAACCACUGGGAAGAUGCACUUGAGUUCAAGCCAGAGAGGUUCCUUUCUAAGGACUUGGAUGUGAGGGGGCAGCAUUAUCAUUUCUUGCCAUUUGGGACGGGGAGACGAGGUUGCCCGGGGACUACUUUGGCAUUGCAGGUUGUUCAGACAACCUUAGCCGCACUGAUCCAGUGCUUUGAGUUUAAAGUCGAGGGAGGGAAGAGCAGCGUCGAUAUGGAAGAGGGGGUCGGGAUCACUCUUCCGAGGGCUCAUCCACUGAAAUGCAUCCCAGUAUCCAGACUCAGUUCUAUUCUAUCCAUGUAA